AUGCUGUCGGUUCUUCCCUUGGGCCUUGCCCUCCUCGGCGCUUCGACCGUUCUCGCCCAGACCCCUCCCUCCUGCUCCCUGACCAACAAGUGCCCCCAGGAUGCGCCCUGCUGUUCCCAAUACGGCCAGUGCGGGACUGGCGCCUUCUGCCUCGGCGGCUGCGACCCUCGAAUGUCAUUCUCCCUCGACGCCUGCGUGCCCGCCCCCGUCUGCCAGGACAAGAAGAUGUCCAUGGACUCGCUCGACAAGAUAGUCGACAUCAGCAAGUACUAUGGCGACCCAAGCAAGGCCGACUGGGUCGCCCAGGGCGAACCCGCCCUGUACAACAAGGAGGCAGUGCUCCUGACCAUGCCCGCAAAGAGUGUCGGAACGGUCCUCGCCUCGACCACGUACAUGUGGUACGGAAGCGUCAAGGCCAAGAUCAGGACCUCGCGUGGUCCCGGUGUUGUGACUGCCUUCAUCUUGUACGGAGACGUCAAGGAUGAAAUUGAUUACGAAUGGGUCGGUGCCGACCUAGAGAUGUCCCAGACCAACUACUACUUCCAGGGCAUCCCUAGAUAUGACCAAUCCGGCAACAUCUCCCUCUCCGACACGUUCCGCAACUGGCACACGUACGAGAUCUCGUGGACUCCCGACGAGAUCAAGUGGCUGGUAGAUGGCCAGGUCGGCCGCACCAAGAAGCGCUCCGACACGUGGAACGCGACCGCACAGCAGUGGGACUACCCGCAGACCCCCGCCCGUGUCCAGCUGUCCAUCUGGCCUGGCGGUGCCGACACCAACGCCAAGGGCACCGUCGACUGGGCCGGCGGCCCUAUCAACUGGGAACACGAGGACAUCAAGAAUGCCGGGUACUUCUACGCCAUGGUCAAGGACGUCGAGAUCAGCUGCUUCAACGCUAAGAGCCCGCCGGGCUCCAACAACAAGAAGAGCUACUACUACAACGACAUCAAGUCCACCAACGACACCGUCGUGGAUAGCGACAAGGACACCAUCCUGAAGAGUUUCCUCGGCUCCGGCCUCGACAUGAACGCCGGCGCGACCACGGCCUCGGGCACUGCCUCGAAGCCUACGGCAUCGGCGGCCACCAUCCCAGGCGGCAGCAACACCGGACCGGGCAACGACCACAGCGACGACAGCAGUUCGUCCGGCUCAGGUUCUGGCUCAGGUUCUGGCUCAGGUUCUGGCUCAGGUUCAGACUCGGGCUCAGGUUCAGGUGAUUCCAGCUCAGGAUCCGGUUCCGGCAGCACCUCAUGCGGCGCCGGCAGCUUCUCCCAGGACUGCAACAGCAACGGCAACGGCAACUCGGGCUCGGGCAACACGAGCGACGGUGUCUGCCGUACGUCAUCACUUGGUGCAAGUGCUUUUGCCGCACUGGUGGCCGCCUCUGCUCUCUUGCUGCUGUAG